AUGAGCUGGAAAUCCGGCAGCAUCCGAAGUGGAGGUGGGAGCAAGGGCUUCAGCACAGUGUCUGCUGUGGUUCCAAGUAGCCACAGAGCCAGCUUCAGUUCGGUCGCCGUGUCAAGAGGCGGCGGAGGUUUCGGAAGGCUCGGUGGCGGAGGCAGUUUUGGCAGCAGGAGCCUUUAUAACUUAGGGGGCACUAAGAAAAUUUCCAUCAGUGGUGGGAGCAACCUCCGGAGUGGAUUUGGGGGUGGAGCUGGUGGUGGCUUCGCCACUGGGAGUGGAUUUGGCUUUGGUGGCAGUGGGCUUAGUUUUGGUGGCGGGGGAGGCUUUGGUGGCGGUAGAAGUCCAGCAGGAUUUGGCGGUGGCAAUUCACCUGGCAUGGGUACCAUCCAAGAAGUGACCGUCAACCAGAGUCUCCUGGCGCCACUGAACCUGGAGAUUGACCCAAACAUCCAACAGGUGCGGAAAGAGGAGAAGGAGCAGAUUAAGAGUCUCAACAAUAAAUUUGCCUCUUUCAUUGACAAGGUCCGCUUCCUGGAGCAGCAGAACAAGGUGCUCGAGACCAAGUGGACCCUGUUGCAGGAGCAGGGUCAGAAAUCCACCUCCAACAAGAAUAACCUCGACCCCCUCUUUGAGUCUUAUAUCACCAACCUGAGGAAGCAGCUGAACAACCUGUUAAAUGAAAGAGGGCGGAUGGAGGGAGAACUGAAGAACACGCAGGACCUUGUAGAGGAUUUUAAGAACAAGUACGAAGAUGAAAUCAACAGGCGCACCGCGGCGGAGAAUGAGUUUGUGGUGCUCAAGAAGGACGUGGAUGCUGCCUAUAUGAACAAGAUAGACCUGGAGGCCAAGGUGGAUGCGUUGAUGGAUGAGAUCAACUUCCUCAGAACCCUCUAUGAUACGGAACUGGCCCAGCUGAAUGUCCAGGUGUCCGACACCUCCGUCAUCCUGUCAAUGGACAACAACCGAGACCUGGACCUUAGCAGCAUCGUGAACGAAGUCAAAGCUCAGUACGAGGACAUUGCUAACAGGAGCCGAGCCGAGGCUGAGUCAUGGUAUCAGACCAAGUUCGAGGAGCUGCGAGCCACUGCUGGGAAACACGGCGAUGACCUGCGGAAUACAAAGGGAGAAAUCUCAGAGCUCAACCGGCUGAUCCAGAGGUUACGGGCCGAGAUUGAGAAUGCAAGGAACCAGUGCGCCAGUCUGCAGACAGCGAUUGCGGACUCGGAGGAACGUGGCGAGCUGGCUGUCAAAGAUGCCAGGAUGAAGGUGGCCGAUCUGGAGGAUGCUCUCCAGAAGGCCAAGCAGGACAUGGCCCGCCAGCUGCGGGAGUACCAGGAGCUGAUGAACGUCAAGCUGGCCCUGGAUAUCGAGAUCGCCACCUACAGGAAGCUGCUGGAGGGAGAGGAGAGCAGGCUGUGCGGAGAGGGCGUCAUCCCUGUCAGCUACUCGGUGGUCAGCUCUAGCGCUGGAAUUGGUGGCGGAGCUGGUUUAGGAGGCGGAUUUGGCGGCUUUAGCUCAGCAGGAGGCGGAGGAGGAUUCGGCUAUGGAGGUGGAAGCGGUCUCGGUCUUGGAGGCGGAGGGUUCGGCUUUGGAAGUGGAGGCGGCUUCGGAGGGGGCAGUGGCUUUGGCUAUGGAGGUGGCAGCGGGCUGAGUGCCGGAGGAGGAAAUUUCAGCGCUGGAAGCGGGAAAGGCACUGGGGUGGGAACCAGCGUGGGCGUGAAAAUUGUCUCCAAAACCUCUUCCAGCAAAAAGACCAUUAAAAGUUAAGCUUGAGGAA